CCGCGGAACGACUCCAUUUUGCAUUUCUCUUUCGUCGUGCCCUGUGUUUUCGAUCUUCUCCUGUUCCAUUCGGUUCCUGGUGCCAAAACAAAAACGCCGUGAAAAAUAGAAGUUACGCUCAACGCAAGCAUCGUUCAUUAUUCUUUCCAAACCAAAAAAAAAGGUUAGUUUUCCAUCACGGCAAAGUCAAAGCGCAGCACUCGCAUGCGAAACGUUCCGACAUCGCGUAAACAUUUGCAGUGCAAAGAAAUCAGUUUCGUCUGACUGUCGGUGGUGUGGUGGUGUAGUGGCGACGACGACGACGGCGGCAUUAUUCCCAUAGGUCGUGUGACAAGAAAACGGAUUAGAAAGAUUCAAAGGUAAAAAACGCGUCACUGGGAAGCGAAAUUCAGAAACAAAGCGAUUAUAACUCGUUGUUACUGUGUUUGUUACGUUCGGUUUUUUCCGUUCCCGUCUUACUUCAGUUAGAAGUUUUGUUUUGAUCGCAAAACUCUCCGACCCGGCGCCCUCCGCAGCUCAUAAAGGACACCCAAAAAAAAAAAUGGCAGAUCAACAACAGUACUUCCUAAAGUGGAAUGAUUUCCAGACGAACAUGGUGACGUCAUUCCGUCAUCUACGAAAUGAGAAAAGCUUUACAGAUGUAACGCUCGCCUGCGAAGGACAAACAUGCAAAGCUCACAAGAUGGUCCUAUCGGCUUGUAGUCCAUAUUUUAAAUCCCUGCUGGAGGAAAAUCCUUCCAAACAUCCCAUUAUCAUCUUGAAAGACGUAUCCUACAACCAUCUGCAGGCAAUCCUCGAGUUUAUGUAUGCCGGCGAGGUCAAUGUGUCGCAGGAGCAGCUACCAACGUUUCUAAAAACUGCCGACCGACUGAAAGUGAAGGGACUGGCGGAAACGCCAACAAAUAUCAAGCGGGAAGGUUGAUUGCGAUAUGACCCAUGCUUUGUGUGAAGCCAUCCUUCCUCUUUUUAUUUUGUCUCUUCCUUUUUAUUAUCAAAAAGAACUCUUUUAUAUAUACAACAUAUAUAUAUAUAUAUAUAUACAACCUACACCGAUACCCGAUACAUAGCUAUUAGUAGUUGAAGAAACGAAAGCAAGUGGAGGUGAAGAUUGUUUGUGUAACACGCGUCCGUACUCCCGGCACUAGUUUAGUGUGUGUCGGGGGGACGCUCAGCAUAAUGUGUUUGAAUGAAGGGCAAUGUGUUUCCAUUUUUCUGUUCUUUGUCCGUAUCUCAGGUGUUGUAAAGCACGGGGUGUGGGUGAGCCUGAGGGUGCAGAUUAAUGUUACUAAAACAAAGGAAAGGCAUACACUGCAAAGAAAUUAAAUUAGCAAAGAAGAGCUGUGUGUGUGUGUUUGUGGUCAGUUGAUAAGGAGAGCGCGAGAGAGCAAUUAUUAGACACGAUAGCAAAACAAAACUAAUUUAGCAAGCCAAGGGGAGCAUCGAUAAGAAGGAGCUGCUUUGAUUUUGGUACGGGCUGGAAAAGUGGUGGCCUGUUGUGGUUGAGUUUUGGGGCAAGCAUCUGUUAGAGGAGAAAGUACUGUUAGAGCCUACAAUUAAGUGCGAAGGUGCGAGUAUGAAAACCGAGAAGAAGGAACCAGCUAAAAAUUGACCAGCAACAAGAAUGUCGCAUAUUAUUAUAGUGAUAAAGUAAUGCAAAAACUAUUCUAACUAUAUAGGCUGGAAUACACAAAAGAGAACGAUAUGUUAGUAGAACCAGAGAGAGGACACCAGGAAGUAAAAUCCACAGCUUAAAACAAAAGAAGAAAAACGGAAGAAUGUCAGAUAAAAUUAUAUAGACACACACACACGCACACACAUGUACACUUUUUAAGGCCUUUUUAUGAAAUAUUUUCCCUCGCCGUGUGGGAUAUUACAAACUCUUUUAAAAAUCUAUGUUUUUUUUACAAAUUACGAACCAUUUGAAUUUCAAGAUUUGAAAACUGAUAACAUUUUGUUUUAAUGCUGCUAUUGCCAGACACAAGAUAGAUCGUUCAGCGUAUUUCCACAGGACACAAAAGAAUUUCUUCAAAAUACAAAAACACACUGGCAAAGGCCUUAAACAGAGCGGAAAAUUAAAAGAGCGUAUGUGUAUGUGUGUAUAUGAUUAGGGCAUAAAAAGAGCACCACAUAAUUACCAUUUAUUCCAAAUGAAAGUUGUACAAUACUUCUCCCCCGAACAUGAGGAUUUUUAUUUGAGUUUGUUUUGUGUUUUUUUAUGUUUUGUUUUUUGUUUCAAUUCAUAACAUUCUCUACAUUUCUUUCCAAUGGUGUAUCGUGUGCUAGUGUUUGGUUUGCUUUUUAUUUGCCGUUUGGGGACUGUUAUCCUCAAUUUUCGAAUUAUGUUUCUCAAUAGAAGGAUGUUGAUUUGUGUAUGAAUUUGUUUUGUUGUUUUGCCUAAUGACCAAAAACAAGUUUCUAAAUUUUUCUCCCUAUAGUUUUUUUUUCUUUCGUGUAUUUAAACUACUCUGCCACAAGGAGGCAUAAGAGCACGCAAAACAUGAAUAGAAAAGGAAGGAGAAAGCUCAUACUGCAAAUUGUGCUUUCGUUUUGUUUUGCGUGAUAAAAUGUGUACAUAUUAGCGUUGAGUGUGUGUAGUGCGAAGGAAAAUUCAUUCACUUGUCGCCUGAACAGAGCAAACGUAAAAGAAAGCGAACAAUUCACAUACACCAAAAGGGCGACGAGUUGAGAAAGAAGGAUGGAAGGAAGUUGGUAUGAAGAAAAGGAUGAUCGGUCAGGUAUCAUUCAGUGAGAUAUGCGAUACGGGGGGAAAAAGCGGUUCUCUGCGUUCAUUUGAUAAAAAAGAACACAUUUUGCUCGUGUAUCGUGUUAAAAUUACGUUAGAAUUUUCUUUACCUUUUUUUUUAUUUUUCUCACGCAAACAAAAUUGAACUGAAUCUGUGGGGGCCCGCUCUAGGAGAAGGUUUCUUCGAUAUUUCCGUGACGAGCUGCGAUAUAUGCAAAAAAAAGGUUUAGCUCGCACUUUCCGUUACAUGAAGUAAAUAAUAUUGCAAAAGCAAAACACCUCUUAUUACGUUCUUUGUUAGCACUAUUACUAAUUCCGUGAAGGAGAUGCGAAUACAUUUUGUAGGAAGUAAAUAAUUGCGCGCAUAAACGAUGCCA